AUGACAAAAACUAACAAAUUGACAAAACUGUUUAUCGUGUCAGAAACAAAAUUAAACAACGACAUGGUUGAAGUUUUAAGACAUCAUAAUUUGAAGUUGCAACCUGAAAUAUUCAUGACCCCAUUGCUAACGUCAGAUUACAAUGGCUUUCAGGCUACAUUCCAGGAAGCCAUGAAAGUCACUAUCAUCAUAGGACAAUUUUUUGGAUUAAACCCAGUGAUUGGUGUCUCAGAAAUCAACACCACUAAAUUAAAAUUUCAAAUAAAAUCUUGCAGAUUUAUUUACAGCCUUUUAUCAAUAAUCGGGCAAUGUACUGUUGUGUCUUUCUCUUUCUUGAAGCUAUUUACAGAUUCAAAUCCAAAUCUUUCAGCCAAUUCUGCCUUAGUAUUCUCCCUCACGAACUGCAUAACCACAAUUUUAUUUCUACGUGUGGCAACUAGAUGGCCAAGGCUCUGCCAAUUAAUAUCAAAAACCGAGGUGGCAGACCCAAGCAUUGACCGGAAACUUAUAAAAAAAUGUAGGGUGUCAUGUUUCCUGGUUUUAACUAUGGCUUUGCUGGAACACGUGCUGUCUGAUUUGUCUUCGAUAGCAGGUAUUAUAGAUUGCCAGAAGGGAAGGAAUGUGUAUGAAGCCUUUGUCAUUGGCAGUACCCCUUGGGUCUUUCAAUUUACAGGAUACAGUCCCUUCAUAGCAAUGUUUACACAGAUAAUCAGCAUCCAAUUCACGUUCAAUUGGAACUUUUCAGACUUAUUUGUGAUUUGCAUUAGUUUUUAUCUAACGUCACGACUCGAACAAGUGAACCGUCGAAUUGAAUCUGUUUUUGGAAAGCAUGUUCCUUCCUCGUUUUGGCGCACUCUGCGCGAGGAUUAUAGCCGUAUUACAGGAUUGGUGCGACGGGUCGAUGAUGUCAUAGGAAGCAUCAUUUUCAUAUCGUUCGCAAACAAUCUUUUCUUCAUCUGCGUUCAGCUUCUUCACACACUUGCGGAGGGAAUAAGAAGAAAUCCUUCAUGUCGGCUAGAGGAACCGGAUGAAAGGCCAUUCCACGGCUAUGAGCAAACGGUGUACUUUGUGUACUCAUUCGGGUUCCUAAUCACGCGCUCGCUGGCAGUCUCGCUUAUCGCUUCGGGCGUGCACACCGCCAGUCGGGAGCCCGCGCACACGCUCUACUUUGUGCCAUCUACAGCCUAUUCUGUUGAGGUACAAAGAUUCUUGGAUCAGAUACACGGUGAUACGAUUGCUUUGAGUGGUCUAAAUUUUUUUAACGUAAAACGUGGAUUAGUUUUAACGAUAGCCGGAACCAUUGUGACUUAUGAACUGGUACUGAUGCAAUUCACUGGAGUAUCACCAACGUCGUCGCCUUCUACCAUUACGAUACCGAUAUUUAUUAAUUCUUCUUAUAGUAAAGUUUAAUGCCAA